AACAGUGGAGGCCUCACAACACGUGAACAGUCGAGGACUGCGCACCAGACUGACAGGUGUGGGAGCGGAUCAGUUUUACCUCCUGGAUGGAUCAGGAGCAUAAAUGUAAAACCACAACCUUGCAGGGCGACACGCCCACUCUCUCCCACUUACUACCCGUCUGUCUCGAGUCAUCAUGACCUGAACAACAGCCUCAGAACAACACAGUGGCUUCGGAGCUGAGGAGCAUUUCUACCAGCAUGGGUUCCAGUCAAAGCACCGAGAAAUUACACUGCAACCGCUACCUGGACGGACACGGCCCUCCAUCGCUUCUUCAUCAAGCUAAUGUCGGGGUUGAAGAGAUCUGCAGGGUGUCCAACGGCAGCCAGCCUCAGGGUCAGAUGACCUGGGUGAUCCUGCACCGAGAGCUUCCUGGAUUCUCCGACGGCAACACGCUGCAGAUAAACUACAUCUUCCCUGACGGUGUUCAAACAGAGAAGCACCCCAGUCCCGGGCAGCCUCACGCGGGCCUGCGGCUCUGCGCUUACCUGCCGGACAACCGUGAGGGCUGGAAAGUUCUCAAGCAGAUGGAGAAGGCAUUCAACCAACAGAUGCUCUUCACCGUCGCCACCAACCUGGACGGAUCUCCUGUCAUCACCCCAACCAUUCCACUAAAGACGAACCCCGACCACUCUGCCAACACAGAAGAUGGCUAUCCAGACCCUCAUUACCUGAAGACGGUGAGACAACUGCUGAAGGACAAAGGCUUUGAAUAACCGUGUUUGAACUAUAGCUAACAAGACAUGCAGAGAACUUCUUCAUGAAUAUUUGUGUGCGUCUAUUACUGUAUUUUUU